AUGGCAAACUCAAGCUCUACAUGGACAUGGGAACAAGAUAAAGCAUUUGAGAUAGCUUUAGCACUUUACUCACAUGAUAAUUCUGAGGAAAAGUGGGUGAAAUUAGCAUCUUUAGUCCCAGGAAACAAAACCAUAUUAGAGAUCAAGCAUCACUAUCAAAUCUUGCUAGAUGAUAUUGAGGCAAUUGAAUCAGGAAAUGUGGCCUUACCAUCUUAUACCCAUACCACCACCCCUUGUAAUGCAAAUCAUUCCACCUCCCCAAAGAAGAGAAACAAGGAAUCGGAAUGGGAAGCGCGUAAAGGGCAGCCGUGGACAGAAGAAGAGCACAAGCAAUUCCUAUUGGGAAUGGAAAAGUAUGGGAAAGGGGAUUGGAAAAGCAUUGCCAAGGAGUUUGUCAAAACAAGAUCAGCAACUCAAGUUGCUAGUCAUGCACAAAAGUAUUUUAAGAGGCAAAUGAAGGAAAAGAAAGACACUAAAAGAUGGAGUAUCUUCGAUAUGCCAGCUCCUUGUAGUCAAGGAGACGGGAAAAGCAGUGGUAGCAGUAGUAGUAGUAGUAUUAAUGAAUAUACUCGAAAGGAAAUGGAAACAAAAUACGCCACCAAUGAUACAAAGAAUCAGAAGGUUGUUGAGGUGCAACAUCUAAAUCCAGUGAUUAACUCUUUGGAAUAUAUGUCACCUCCUGAGAGUUGCCUUGUUGAACAUGAUUUUGAUAUAGAUUUAGAGUUUGAAAUGAAUUUACAAGAGUGUUUAUCUCAACUUCCACCCUAGUAUUGGAAGUUGGAAAAUUGAUGUUUGUUUUAUGUAGACAGUAUAUCUUGUUUGAGUUUUAUACUUUAAGGUUAUUAGUCACAUUCUUUUAGUGAGAGUUUAAUUAAUGUCACAGGAUGCAAUCUGUUUAA